CCUGCCAAUAAACUCUCUCCUUCCAUUUUCUUCUUCUCAUCUGGGCGCCAUUUGCAUGGAGGGCUGGGAUUUGCAAGCUGUAGUAAGAGGAUGCAUGGAUGAAUUCAUUGAAGCCCCUACCAUGGCUGACCCAGAAUCUUUUUUUGCUCCCUUGAGUGCUGUAGAAAAUGAUCUCCUUUUGGGGUUUCCUGAAAUCAGUGAUACCAGAGCAGUUUUGGAUGAACUAGAAAUCCUUUACAAGCCCUUUUACCCUGUUUCCUCACAAAACAUCCUAGCCAGCUCCAGCUCCAGCUCCAUAUCUGUUCCUAAAGAACUCAAACAACCAGAGCAGCAGCAGCAAAGUAAAAAACAACAACCAGCUACUUACAGAAGAUUAAGCAGAAAGAAUCAGCACAAGAGGGUGGUGCAAUAUGUGGCAGGGGAGGGAAAUGGCUCAGAUUUGUGGGCAUGGCGUAAAUAUGGUCAGAAACCCAUCAAAGGAUCGCCAUAUCCGAGAAGCUAUUACAGGUGCAGCAGCUCAAAAGGGUGUUCAGCAAGAAAACAAGUGGAAAGGAGCAAUUUGGAUCCGGGGAUUUUCAUUGUAACCUAUACUUCAGAGCACAAUCACACCCAUCCAACUCGCCGGAACUUGCUUGCGGGCAGCAGGCGGAGCAAGUUCCCGGCACCCGAAAAGAAAGGCAGCCACCUUUCUCCGACAACCCCUUUGAUGGCAGCCAUUGAGGAUGAUCAUGAGCUUGUGCAAAGUACAGCAAGCCUGAAGAAUCAUGAGGAAGAGCAAAUGGUGCAAGGAAAUGAAGGUAAUAGUAACAUAAUUUCCAUGCCUGAUACUAUUUUGGACAACGAAUUAUUCUUUCCAAGCCUAGAAGAUGGUUUCUUUUUGGACCAAUUAUUGGAUAACUGUCCUUUACCUUGGUUUCAUUGACAAAUCCACGACCGUAGGAGAUGACACAAAGGGAGCAUAUAUAUAUAUAUAUGGGUUACUCAAGCUUCAAUUAAUGUCUCAGAACAUGCAAAUUGUAAUGUUGUUUUCAAUCUUUUUUGCACUCAUCCGUUUUGUAAUUUAGUUUCCUACUUAUUCACUGAAAUAGUUUUCAGGUAUCUGACAAAAGAUAUAUGUGUAUGUUAGUAAAUGUUAGAAUAUUAAUCA